UCCCUCCCCCUCGGUGGUUGCAACAUCAUAUCCAAAGCUCUGCGUCCACAACCGCAGUCGCCUUUUACGCACCAGCGAGUGGAGAAUAGUUCAGGAGACCCGUUCUCCUUUCGUCGUUAUUGCUCAGAUUAUUUCCAGACACUUGGACUUACCUUUACUCAACAUUUGUGGAGCUACACAGUCGCUCGGAGUGGACUAUAUCCUGCGCGCAAACGUCGUGCGCAACGAAGAGAUGAGAAUUUUAUCCUGAAACCACAUAUUGCUAAAUGCUGCUUUAGAGUGAAGACGUGCGAGGCACCAGCCUACACAUGGAGUCCAGGGUUCCCCACCACAUCCCCGGAGUGUCCUCCUCCCUCAUAUCCCAGCCCCUGCUGGACAGUCGAGUGCCCUACGGCCGCCUACAGCACCCUCUCACCAUCUACCCCAUCGACCAGAUAAAGUCCUCGCAUGUGGAGAACGACUACAUUGACAGCCCCGCUGUCGUCUCUCAGCAGCCCCCGAGCCAGAAGUCUGUGAACCGAAGAAUCACCUGGCUUGGUCAGAAUCAAGAGGCCUUCCUGGGGGCAAACCACAACCAUCAUCACAAUCACCAACACCAGCACCACCAGCAGAGCAGGUGCGAGCCCCACUCUAACCAGGAUACCACCACCCACCCUUGGAUUUCCUUCAGUGGGAGGCCCAGCUCUAUCAGCAGCAGCAGCAGCACCUCAUCUGAUCAGAGGCUGCUGGACCACGCCGCACCAACCCCAACGGUGGACCACCACCCAAACCUGCACCCCCACCAGGGCCCUGUCAACACAAUCACCACCCGAACUCCAGGCUGCUUCACUUCCUCUGAAACGAAAGUUCUCACCUCCUCUUCCUCUGCUUCCUCCUGCACCUCCUCUUCUAAAUCGCUAGACCUCAAGUCUGCAAAGAUGCCCGCAGGAGGCGUGUGCACCACUGGAGGCCAGCAGGGGCUGGCGCUGAUCCCUUCCUCCCCAGCCGAGAAGAAGCACCUUCUUCUCUGCGAGCACUGCGGGAAGUGUCGAUGCACGGAGUGUACGCUCCCCCGAACCCUGCCCUCUUGCUGGGUCUGCAACCAGGAGUGCCUGUGCUCUGCUCAGAGCCUGGUGGAUACAGCCACCUGCAUGUGCCUGGUCAAAGGGAUCUUCUACCACUGCACCGAGGAUGAGGAUGACGAGGGGUCCUGCGCCGACAAGCCCUGCUCGUGCUCCCAGGCCAACUGCUGCGCGCGUUGGUCCUUCAUGGCUGCCCUAUCCGUUGUCCUGCCUUGCCUGGUCUGCUAUUUGCCAGCCACGGGCCUGGCUAAACUGGGACAGAAGUGUUACGACAAUGUUAGCAGGCCCGGCUGCCGCUGCAAGAACUUGCAGGGCGGCACGAGCACCCCUGCAUGUAAAAACGGAGGUGUUGAAGCAAAAGUUGGGACACUAGAGAAGCAGCAGCAGGGGUCAUGAUACUGGACCAAAAUGGCUGGCAGUAGCCUUUGCUAAAAAAUGGACAGGACCACACAGUACUUGCUUGCUCUCUAUGGAUAGGACAAUCCAACACCAACCCCUUAAAAUACCCCAUUAAUCUGCUGGAAGAUGACUUAUGUAAAACAAAGGUACUUAAAUGGCUUCUUGACCUAUGUUUGAUAGGGUGGAUGAUCAAAAGGGGCCAGAUCUGAGAGAGCUGGAUAGUACGAAAAAGCUAACAGCCCCUCUGAGAUGUGUUUUUCUGUAAGAGUGUGUCGAGAAGAAGAGACUAGAUUGUGGGACUGGUGUUUGUGUCGUUUUGCAAAGAUGGCUGAAGGCACAAAGUCAUUGUACCUCUCUGCUGCUCUAGAUUUCACAUUAAUUUUAUAACGGUAACUAACCAGAAGCUGGUUGCUGAUCCUCGGAUAACCGAAAAAAAAAGUUAUUUGAUUGAGAUAAAUAUCUGUAUACCCUCCUUCCACCCCCUGAAAGCACAGCCCAGUGUCCCUCUGUCUGAACAAACACGAAACAAGUGAUUACCUAUACUGUGGCUUUAUGAUAGUCCACUGCAAGUGAAACCACCACUUACUCGCUCACUCUCUCCACUAUUAUGAUGAUCACCAUCUUUUAGUGUCGCCAUUUUUCUCUCUUUUAGCUUAAAGAUGCUAGCUUGGUAAUGCUAAACACUUGAUCUCUACAUUUUAUAUCCGCAGAGGAGCUGUAGAAACAAACCUUUUUGAGACUUUAAAGUAGUAGUAAUUCCCCACAGUUCUCACGCUGUAUUGUGCAUAAGCGGUCGUGAGAGGCAAGUGAGAGAGAUAAUCACUUUACUGUGUGUUUCCUGUUUUUCGGGGGGUGAAGCCCAGACAUUCUAAAAGAUUUUGAAUGCUGUUCACCAAUCACCUCAGAGGUAAUGCAUGUCAUGACCUGCAUGCUCUAGUCUAAUGGUUACCCACCAUGCUAGAAGUCGAUGUGUCGUAGAGAAAUGUGUAUUAAAAAAAAAAAAAAGGGAAAAAAAAAGUACACCCAACCUUCUCAGGGACUGUUACAGUAAUCCUCUCUAGAACCUGGCCAACAGCAUGUUGAUUUCUAAGCUGCCUAAGAGCCUGGUCUACUUCCUCUUUGCACAAGAAGGCAAAGAAACAUUUAGGGGCAAAAAGGCAAUAGUGAAUAAUUUAAAACAAGUAAGCUAAGUGAGAGACAAGAAAAUAAUGUUUCCGGAUGGGAGAGGGGAUGCAAGUGAUAAAAGAGUGAAGAGGGGGGGGGAGAGAAGGCAUAGCAAAGUUGUCGUUGUGUCUGUAUCUAGUCAGCCUUCGUCGAAAUCAAACCUGCCACUUGCACAACCUUUUUAGGAAGACGCAAACCCCUUAAAGGAUGUACUAAAGCACAGUAUUAACCACCUCAGCUAUCUCACAUUACGUUUGCGUGCACUACAUUUAGUCCACACACCCCAGCCUCCCUCUACACACAGUGUCUUCGUUAAAAUUCUAAUCAUUAUGCUGCAUAGCCGUGUUAGUCAGAUAGUCUGUCUUAUAUUCUUAAAAGUCUAUUUUUGUGGCUUGCAUGACGUUCUUAGGACUUUGCCAAAGGAAGCUAGCAUACAGUAGCUUGUUUUUUCGCUGUCUGAGUGAUCACAGUUGUUAUGCACUCUUGCCAAAUGGAGUUGACGGCAGUUGGUUCUUAAAGGCAUGCUGCCCUUUAAUACAGAUGGCCUUUUCUGUUUGGCAUAAAGGCAUACUGUCUUCGUUGCUCCAUGACACACACCUCUCUUUCAUGUUGGUCCCUUAACUUCCACUGGGGUGCCUAACUUUGCUCAUACCUGUAUUUGUCUUGUUGCACAAAGCUGAUAUCACACAGGAAAAAAAAAAAAAAAGGAAAGAAAAAAACACACUGUCCUUAGUCUUGAAUGUAUGAGGCAAUAUUUUCAAAACCUAGCAAUUCAGUCCGAGAGAAAGGUGCCAAAACUGAAGAAUGAUUGUGUGACUGGACAAAGGCCUAGUUACCUGUAGGUGGGCGACAAAAAUCACAAAUGUUUUGACAAUAUAUUUAGUAAUAGAGCUAUGCAGGUGAAAUGUUAUUUGCUGUAAAUAGUUUCACAACAUUUGUGUUCUUUAGAAGAGACUUUUAAAUGUCCUUGAAAGAUUGCAUGGUACAUUAUAACUACAAUUCAGUACAAAAUAUAUAGAGAAUAUAUUAGAUAUAUAUUUUGAGGGUAAGAUGUUUUUGAGGUUGUGAAAAAAAAAAAGAAAAGAAAAGAGGGAAGGUGGCGAGAGUAAGGUUCGGGAAGGGGUAACAAAAAUGACGGGUCUUUCUGUCACUAGCACUUGAUUAAGAAAAGUGUGCCCGGCAAUAAAAAA